UUGUUUUUGACUUUUUUUAUUUAAGUUGCUGUGUCUUUAAUAACAUGCAUUGUCUUAAACUGCACGAUAGCAUAUAUUAAGUGGGAGACCGGAAACCUCGUGUUCAUUUCGGCGGCUUUUACCGCGUUUGACGUGACGAAGCAGUGUGCACGGACCGCCUCUAGGGCGCGCCAAACCCGCGUAUAUUUAAGCGUGGUUUCAGCAGCUGUUCCUCAUCCAAGGGAGGGAGGCACCGCUACCGCACGCGCAACAGACAUGGCAGCCGCCCGGCCGACUCUGGGUACCGUACCGCUGGGAUCAGGAGGUCCAUUCUUCCCGAGACCUCUGCAUGCUCCCCAAGGCCUGGCCGGCACGCGCCAUGUGGUACCCUUUUACAUGCACCCCUCCCCACCGUACCUCCCCUGUCAGUACCCGGUCCCGAUUCCUAUUCCCUGCAGUCCUCACUUUGGCCUCCCAACCAUGGGUUUAGGCAUGGCCAUGUUGCCAAACCCUUACAUGGACGUUCCUGGGUAUGUCCUGCAGUCUUCCCAGUUCCCUUUGACAGACUUCAGGCAGGUGGUGGACCCUUCCCUCAUGAAUCUUUAUCCCCAGAGGUUCAGACCGCCAAAUCCUGGCUCGACGCAGGUGGUCAGCUCGGGGGUGCAGACAGAGCCACCAGCCGCCGUUAAGCAUGUCACCAACUCCGACAUGAAGUCCGAGUCGGGGAGGGGGACUGAUUGUGCAGCCUCGGGGUCCCCUCUGACUUCCCCAGGCUCCAGCCCCCAGACCAGUGUCUACUUGCAGCCAGACAACCAGGCAUGUCUGGGGAAUGAGGGCUAUGUCACCCAGGAGGAUAUCAGAAGGGCUUGUGGAGAAAUUCUGCCAAAGGGUGUUUGCCUGCACGUGCCUUUGGCAGGGAUGUCUGCUCUGAUGGGAUCCGCCGGCGCACAUUCUGCGCAGGGUGACUGUGGGCCAGCAGAUGGCGCUGCCUUUGCAUACAGACCCCCACUGCAUAGCAGUAGCCACUGUACAGAUGCAGAUGUGGGAGGGCGACAAGUUCCAGGUGUCUUGGCGCAGGAGGAGUCCCAGUCAUCCAGCUUGGAGGAUCACGAGCGGAAGGGUGCAUCAGCACCAGAUCUGAGCCUGGUACAUGUCAAGUCAUCUGUAUGGGAGAAGGAGGAAGAGGAAGAGCAGGCAAGCGAUGCUGAAGACGAGAUGUUUAAGAUAGUCAGGCUGCCCUUUGAUGGGCAGUUUGUGGCGGCAUGGCGGGAAAUGGCAGAGCAGUCUGUGUGGUCCGUCGGGUCCCUACCGUCGCUGGUUCCCUCGCCGCAAUGGCUGGCGCGCCACGGGCUUGCGUCCGGUGAGAAUGGGUCCGCCGAUGCUGAAGCUUGUGCGGUUUGCUCGAAGCCGGGUGAAGACGUAUCCCUGGUGGUCGCUGUGACGGAAGAGCGCCAGAGGUUCUCAUCGUCGUCAGACUCGCUGCCUCCUUACGUUCCCGCCGCGAGCUGGCUGUCCGAGUUCAGACACGUGCACUGCUGCGGCUGGCCGAUUCCUGGCGCCCGGGAAUGCUGCAUCGUGUCUCGUGGACGACGGGGAAGAGAAGCCACACAGAGCAGCAGAAGCCCCAACUGCAUCUAGGGAAAGGGUUUUGGAUCAGGCUGAGGGGCUGGAAGCAGGAGCUGCAAGGAGCUGGUAUAGAACAUUGGCCUUCCAGAAAUGUACAAAUGGAGAACUGGUUUUAAAUGACUUUUUGAACGUUUAAUAAAUAGUAAAUAUGACAAACUA